CAGAGCCUUAGAAGCCAUUCGGUUUCCUAUAAAGCCCCUCGUCUCGCCUCAAAUUGGCCAAAUCACAACACCGAGUCCAAACUAACCCCCGGCUGCACCAGCUCCCAUUCCUCGCCGGCGAGCUCACCGGACACAGCCCGAAGCCAAGAUGACUACUUCCAGGCGCCUUGCUGACAGGAAGACAGCGAAGUUCCAGAAGAACAUCACCAAGAGGGGUUCGGUGCCUGAAACCACUGUGAAGAAGGGGAAUGACUAUCCUGUUGGACCUAUAGUGCUUGGAUUCUUCAUCUUUGUGGUCGUCGGAUCAUCUCUGUUUCAGAUAAUCAGGACAGCGAGCAGUGGUGGGAUGGCCUGAACGCCGUCAUACAUUAAUACAGUUGCAGCUAAAUUCGUUUGAUGUCGUCAUAGUUUGUCUUACUUAAAAGUACCCAGUUUCAGCUGAUGUUGUAAGAACUGUAAGAGUUAUCAAUCUUAUACAUAUUAAACGGACAAGUUUGUCUCUGGUCACUGUUUUCAGUCGCAUUUGCAUGUUGAAGCAAUC